GGAGCCCAGAGCGCCCCGGCGGGCGUGGAGUCCCCGUCCCGGCCACUGGGAGGCCGCGUCCCCACCAGAGGGGGUAGGGCGCGCUUAUCUCGCCGCCAGGAGGCUGCCAGGAGGCUGCUCCGUGGUGGCGCUCGCCAUUCAAACCCUCCUCGUCCCCGCCCCCGAUCCUGGGGAUGUGUGUUGUGGAGGGGGGGAGAAGGGGCGGGCGCCGCGAGCCGUGAAUCACCUCCUCCUCCGCCUCCUGCCCCAGCGACACCGCCACCUUUCCAUUCAGUCUCCCAACAUGGCUGGAGCGCGGCGGAGGUGAGCCUGCCGCCCCCUGCCGCCGCAGCCUCCUGCCGCCGACAACUGCAGCUCCGGGUGGUGCCGAGGCCCAGGGGCCACUCCAGCGCCAGCCGCCAGCAUGCUGGGCACCUCGGACGAGAGCUCGGUGCGGGUGGCUGUCAGAAUAAGACCACAGCUUGCCAAAGAAAAAAUUGAAGGAUGCCAUAUUUGUACAUCUGUCACGCCAGGAGAACCCCAGGUCUUCCUUGGGAAGGACAAGGCCUUUACUUUUGAUUAUGUGUUUGACAUUGAUUCUCAGCAAGAGCAGAUCUACUCUCAUUGUAUAGAAAAACUAAUAGAAGGUUGUUUUGAAGGAUACAAUGCCACAGUUUUUGCUUAUGGGCAAACUGGAGCUGGGAAAACAUAUACAAUGGGAACUGGAUUUGAUGUUAACAUCACUGAGGAAGAACAGGGCAUUAUUUCCCGUGCUGUUAAACACCUUUUCAAAAGUAUUGAAGAGAAAAAACACACUGCAAUUAAAAAUGGACUUCCUCCUCCAGAUUUUAAAGUGAAUGCCCAAUUCUUGGAGUUGUAUAAUGAAGAAGUUCUUGACCUAUUUGAUACUACUCGUGAUAUUGAUGCUAAAAAUAAAAAGUCAAAUAUAAGAAUUCAUGAAGAUUCAACUGGAGGAAUUUAUACUGUUGGUGUCACAACACGCAAUGUGAAUACAGAAUCAGAGAUGAUGCAGUGCUUGAAGUUGGGUGCUUUGUCUCGGACCACUGCUAGCACCCAGAUGAAUGUUCAGAGCUCUCGUUCACAUGCCAUUUUUACUAUUCACUUAUGUCAAACCAGAAUGUGCCCACAGAUAGAUGCUGAAAAUGUGACCGAUAAUAAGAUGCUAUCUGAGUCAUCACAGAUGAAUGAGUUUGAGACCCUGACUGCAAAGUUCCAUUUUGUUGAUCUGGCAGGAUCAGAACGAUUGAAGCGUACUGGAGCUACAGGCGAGAGGGCAAAAGAAGGCAUUUCUAUCAACUGUGGGCUGUUGGCACUUGGCAAUGUAAUAAGUGCAUUGGGAGAUAAGAGCAAAAGGGCCACCCAUGUGCCCUACAGGGAUUCCAAGCUCACCAGGCUGCUACAGGAUUCCCUUGGGGGCAAUAGCCAAACAAUCAUGAUAGCAUGUGUCAGCCCUUCUGACAGAGACUUUAUGGAAACUUUAAACACUCUGAAAUAUGCCAAUCGAGCUAGAAAUAUCAAGAACAAGGUGAUGGUCAAUCAGGACAGAGCUAGUCAGCAAAUCAAUGCACUUCGUAGUGAGAUCACAAGACUUCAGAUGGAGCUCAUGGAGUACAAAACAGGCAAAAGAAUAAUUGAUGAGGAGGGAGUGGAAAGCAUCAAUGACAUGUUUCAUGAAAAUGCUAUGCUACAGACUGAAAAUAAUAAUCUGCGUGUAAGAAUCAAAGCCAUGCAAGAGACAGUUGAUGCUUUGAGGACUAGAAUCACACAGCUUGUUAGUGAUCAGGCCAACCAAGUUCUUGCUAGAGCAGGUGAAGGGAAUGAAGAGAUUAGUAAUAUGAUUCACAGUUACAUUAAAGAAAUUGAAGAUCUCAGGGCGAAAUUAUUAGAAAGUGAAGCGGUAAAUGAAAACCUCCGCAAAAACCUGACAAGGGCCACAGCAAGGUCGCCGUAUUUCAGCGGAUCAUCAGCGUUCUCUCCUCUAUUGUCCUCAGACAAAGAGACUAUUGAAGUUAUAGAUCUAGCCAAAAAAGAUUUGGAGAAGCUGAAACGCAAAGAAAAGAGGAAGAAAAAAAGGCUACAGAAACUUGAGGAAAGCAAUCGAGAAGAAAGAAGUGUAACUGGUAAAGAAGACAAUACUGACACUGACCAAGAGAAGAAAGAAGAAAAAGGUACUUCAGAAAGAGAAAACAAUGAAUUGGAAUUGGAAGAAGGUCAAGAAGUAAGUGAUCAUGAGGAUGAGGAAGAAGAGGAGGAGGAGGAGGAAGAUGACAUUGAAGGAGGUGAAAGCUCUGAUGAAUCAGAUUCUGAAUCAGAUGAAAAAGCUAAUUAUCAAGCUGACUUAGCAAACAUUACUUGUGAAAUUGCAAUCAAGCAAAAGCUUAUUGAUGAACUAGAGAACAGCCAGAAAAGACUGCAGACGCUGAAACGGCAGUAUGAAGAGAAGCUAAUGAUGUUGCAGCAUAAAAUUCGGGACACCCAGCUUGAAAGAGAUCAGGUGCUUCAAAACUUAGGUUCAGUGGAAUCUUACUCAGAAGAAAAAGCAAAAAAAGUUAAAUCUGAAUAUGAAAAGAAACUCCAGGCUAUGAAUAAAGAAUUGCAGAGACUUCAAACAGCCCAAAAAGAGCACGCACGGCUGCUCAGAAACCAGUCUCAAUAUGAAAAGCAGCUGAGAAAGUUGCAGCAGGAUGUGACGGAAAUGAAAAAGACUAAGGUUCGCCUAAUGAAACAAAUGAAAGAAGAACAAGAGAAGGCCAGAUUAACAGAAUCUAGAAGAAACAGAGAGAUUGCUCAGCUGAAAAAGGAUCAGCGUAAAAGAGAUCAUCAACUUAGACUUCUGGAAGCCCAAAAAAGAAAUCAAGAAGUGGUUCUUCGUCGCAAAACGGAAGAGGUUACAGCUCUUCGUCGUCAAGUAAGGCCCAUGUCAGAUAAAGUGGCCGGAAAAGUCACUCGGAAGCUGAGCUCAUCCGAUGCCCCUGUUCAGGAAACAAGUCCCACUGCAGCUGCCACAGAAACAGAUGCAUCAAGGGCAGCAGCCCAACAGAAAAUGAGAAUUCCUGUGGCAAGAGUCCAGGCCUUACCCACGGCCACAGCAAAUGGAUCCAGAAAAAAAUAUCUGAGGAAAGGAUUGAGUGGUCGAGUGUUUACUUCGAAGACAGCUCGUAUGAAGUGGCAGCUUCUUGAACGCAGGGUUACAGACAUUAUCAUGCAAAAGAUGACUAUUUCCAAUAUGGAAGCUGAUAUGAAUAGACUCCUCAAGCAACGGGAAGAACUUACAAAACGACGAGAGAAACUUUCAAAAAGAAGAGAGAAGAUAGUAAAGGAGAAUGGAGAAGGAGAUAAAAAUGUGGUUAACAUCAAUGAAGAAAUAGAGUCACUUACUGCUAAUAUAGAUUAUAUUAACGACAGUAUUUCUGAUUGUCAAGCCAAUAUCAUGCAGAUGGAAGAAGCAAAGGAAGAAGGUGAGACCUUGGAUGUCACUGCAGUCAUUAAUGCCUGCACACUCACAGAAGCCCGCUAUUUGCUAGACCACUUCCUGUCAAUGGGCAUCAACAAGGGUCUCCAGGCUGCUCAGAAAGAGGCUCAAAUUAAAGUACUUGAAGGUCGCCUUAAACAAACGGAAAUAACUAGUGCUACACAAAACCAGCUCUUAUUCCACAUGCUGAAAGAGAAAGCAGAAUUGAAUCCUGAGCUGGAUGCUUUAUUAGGCCAUGCUUUACAAGAUCUAGAUAGCGUACCAUUAGAAAAUGUAGAGGAUAGUACUGAUGAAGAUGCACCAUUAAACAGCCCAGGAUCGGAAGGAAGCACACUGUCUUCAGACCUUAUGAAGCUUUGUGGUGAAGUGAAGCCGAAGAACAAGGCCCGACGGAGGACCACUACUCAAAUGGAAUUGCUGUAUGCAGAUAGCAGUGAACUAGCUUCAGACACUAGUGCAGGAGAUGCCUUCUUGCCUGGCCCUCUUACACCUGUUGCAGAAGGGCAAGAGACUGGAAUGAACACAGAGACAAGUGGUCCUUCUGCUAGGGAAAAAGAGCUUCCACUCUCAUCUGGCUUACCUUCUAAGAUAGGCAGCAUUUCAAGACAACCAUCUCUAUCAGAAAAGAAAAUUCCAGAACCUUCUCCUAUAUCAAGAAGAAAGGCCUAUGAGAAGGCAGAAAAAUCAAAGACCAAGGAACAAAAACACUCAGAUUCUGGAACCUCAGAGGCUAGCCUUUCACCUCCUUCUUCCCCACCAAGCCGGCCCCGUAAUGAACUGAAUGUUUUUAAUCGUCUUACUGUUUCUCAGGGAAACACAUCAGUUCAGCAGGAUAAGUCUGAUGAAAGUGACUCCUCUCUGUCGGAGGUACACAGAUCUUCCAGAAGGGGCAUAAUCAACCCAUUUCCUUCUUCAAAAGGGAUCAGAGCCUGUCCACUGCAGUGCAUCCACAUAGCUGAAGGGCACACGAAAGCUGUGCUCUGUGUAGAUUCGACUGAUGAUCUCCUCUUCACUGGAUCUAAAGAUCGUACUUGUAAAGUUUGGAAUCUGGUAACUGGGCAGGAAAUAAUGUCAUUGGGAGGCCACCCCAACAAUGUCGUGUCUGUAAAAUACUGUAAUUAUACAAGUUUGGUCUUCACUGUAUCAACAUCUUAUAUUAAGGUGUGGGAUAUCAGAGAUUCAGCAAAAUGUAUUCGAACGCUGACGUCUUCAGGACAAGUUACGCUUGGAGAUGCUUGUUCUGCAAGUACCAACCGGACAGUAGCUAUUCCUUCUGGAGAGAAUCAGAUCAACCAAAUUGCAUUAAACCCAACUGGGACGUUCCUCUAUGCAGCUUCUGGAAAUGCUGUCAGAAUGUGGGAUCUUAAAAGGUUUCAGUCGACAGGCAAGUUAACGGGACAUCUAGGCCCUGUCAUGUGCCUUACUGUAGAUCAGAUUUCCAAUGGACAAGAUCUAAUCAUCACUGGCUCCAAAGAUCAUUACAUCAAAAUGUUUGAUGUAACUGAAGGGGCUCUUGGAACCGUGAGUCCUACCCACAAUUUUGAACCUCCUCAUUAUGAUGGCAUUGAAGCACUGACUAUCCAAGGGGAUAAUCUCUUUAGUGGAUCCAGAGAUAAUGGAAUCAAGAAAUGGGAUUUAGCUCAAAAAGAUCUUCUUCAGCAAGUUCCAAAUGCACAUAAGGAUUGGAUCUGUGCCCUGGGAGUGGUGCCAGGCCACCCAGUUUUGCUCAGCGGCUGCAGAGGGGGCCUUUUGAAACUCUGGAACAUAGAUACUUUUGCACCAGUUGGAGAGAUGAAGGGUCAUGACAGUCCUAUCAAUGCCAUCUGUGUUAAUUCCACCCACAUUUUCACUGCAGCUGAUGAUCGAACUGUGAGAAUUUGGAAGGCUCGUAACUUGCAGGAUGGCCAAAUCUCUGACACUGGAGAACUGGGAGAAGACAUUGCCAGUAAUUAAAGAAUUAUGGUAGUGAUAAACUGAAAACUGUGAUAAUGUUCUGUUUGUUCCUUAUGAAAAAUGUUUUCCCUCAUUUAUUAGGUGAAAACAAAUGAAUGGGAUUAACUGGAAAAUAUAUCUGAAUACAACUGGUAAUAAACAUGGUAUAUUAAGAAAAUAUAUCUAUCCUACAUGUUUAAUUUUAAUAUCUACUAAAGCAAAUAUAUCCUAUAGUUGAUAUACUGCUUGAUUCAUACUUUUAUCCUGGCUAAAUUUUUGUGCUUAGUUAUAUUUUAAAAAAACCCAAAUCUUCAAAUUAUUCAAAAUCAUAAGAUGCUUGCUUUUGUGACAGUCAGAAAAUAAACCUGGAAUACACUGCAACACACUAUAACUCAUUCAUACAGUCUGUUCAGAUGACUUAUGUGUUUAUUUCUAUAUAUCUAUAUAUAUUGGGAAUGUUAGUCAAAUUGUAGUCCACUUAUCACUUAACUCAGUCUACAGGUUUUCAAAUUUGCGAGCUCAUAAUGGAAAAAUAACGUAUGAGCAUACUAUCGAUGAUUUUCUCAUAAAGUGGAGUUUACCUUAAUCUACUAACAAAGAAUGUUAAGCAGUUUGUAUUAAUGUUGACAUUUACUUGUAUUGACCAAAGUUUUGUGCUCUAUAUUCUGUGCUCAGGACUAAGUUGCUGUUAACUUGUUUUGUUAGUACUGUGCAUACAUUCUGUGAUUGGAAAAUAUUUUUUAUGUCCUCACAAAAAUAUAUUUUGAUCUAUUUUCCUAUGGAGUUGUUUCUACUAUCACCUUUUAGUUUCAUUUUUGUUUAAGAGUAGCAUUUCCUUCUCUUUUAUCUCUAAUUUUUUAUAUGCUGCUAAAUAUAUUUUAAAUACUGUAUGUUUGCAAACCUUGGUAGUUAUGAUGAGAACUUUAUCACCUGAUGUGGGAAAAGCUAUGUAAAUAGGUAGGUUGUAAAGAAAGAAUACCUUACAUUAUGCCUGUAUGAAUUUUUUAAAUGCUGUAGAUUGGAUUUUGAAAAGGAUGUAUAAUUUAUCUGUCUGCUGAGAAUAUUAAUUUGUAAAUUCUGCAAGUUGAAUUUUUGUGUAGAUGAGUUAAUUUUGAAAAUAUUGUCUUAUGUAUUUUCCCCCUCAAUUUGUUUGCUUGUAAAUGACAGCUUAGCUAGAGCUUAAAUAAACAUGUUGCCAUGAA